AUGUUUUCCCCCCUCCUCCUCCUAACCCUCACCCUCAGCGCCUUCGCUACAUCCCCUCCCUCCCUCAACACAACCUCACUCUCCCAGCAGCAUCCCUCCCGCGUCGCACCGCGCUUCAUCUCAGGCGGUUUCUACGACAAGUGCAAAGAUGUGCGCUUCUACCUCGCAAAAGCAGACGACACACAUCCCCGCAAGAACAGCUUCACCGGGUACAAGUCUUCGCCGUGGCUUGUCGCCAAAUGUCCUGAUAAGAACGGCAAGUAUCUCUGUACGUGGUUGGCGCUGAGUAAGUGCUUGCUUAAUUCGGAGGGAGAGCUGUAUCGUGGUGCCAAUGGGAAUUUUCACGGGUCGUGUACGGCGUGUAAGUUGACGGGAAGUAACUUCAACUGCGGGUGCUGGAGUGGUUUGAAGAAGGGCAAGAAUGAUUUCGGGAACCGAUUUCAUCGAACGAGCAUUGACUUGAAUGUUGCUGUUGGCGCUGUUGAUGGGUAUUUGACCUGUCAUGGGAAUUGGGGAAUCCUCGAUUAUUGCAGUGGAAGGCCAUCGCAUGAUCCCUUUCUCGAUUCGAAGUGA